AUGGCUCCCACUGCCGGAAAGGCAGCUAGCAUCGACUAUUUCAUUAAGGUGACAGUCCAACGUCCCUCAGUGUUCAAGAUCAACCUGAGAAACCACGACGCUUUUCUCUUCCUUCCUCUGGAUCCUCGACCUCUGAACAGUGCUGAAAUGUCGCGGACUUCGUUCAUCCGACGAGAUCACAACCUGACUCUUGCUGGAUUCCGACCCGAUGACAACCGAGGUUUCCUCAAGAAGAUGUUUGGUUCGGGAGGAGGUAGCGAUACUCCGCAUUGGCACUUCUUCCUCGAGCUUCAGAUGUCUUGCCCAGUCAUUGCCAAGGCCGCUCCUUUUCUCCCAUUCAAGUUCCUUGUCGUCUUCGAUCAGCCUCCGCCUCAACAGCGGUUGUUCCUGAAGGGCUUGACCAUUGUUCUAGUGACCACUUGCCAGGUUGCCAUUGAGGAGUAUGAACACACAUUCUUCAACGAGGAGGUCAUUUUCAACGCCACAAACUUGCCCUACACUGUGCCGCUUAACAAGGCCACUCCUGUUCCCGGACAGCCUCGUCUCAGGGCUGCUCUGAUCGAUCCUAAUAUUUACAAGGACGCCCGAAUCCCUUCGCAUGUGUCGCCCACGUUCACUACACAAAACAUUGCAAAAGCUUAUGAACUGAAGGUCUCUGCUGCCUUUUGCUUCAACGACGGUCCCGUUGAGGUCAUUGAGCUACGAAAGCCCCAGGACAUUUGGUCUGGUAUCAGUGCUGGAUCACGCAACUACAAGGGACGACAGCCUACUUCUCCUAACCCUGCUGCCGUGACUGCUCCUCCCCCUGGAUAUCCUCCGGAGAAGAGCGGAGGUCCUCCUGCAGGUUAUCCUCCUGAGAAGGUUCGCCCGCAAGGACCCCCUUCGGGAUACCCACCGGAGAAGAUGCCACCACCUAAACCCAACCGACCCCAACCUGCAUCUGACCCAUUGGGAGAGAAGAGACGUCAGGAGCAGCAUUAUGCAGACAUGGAGGAGCGAGAGUACCAACAGAGCCUGCAGGCUGCUCUGGAAGAGAGUGCAGCUAUGGCCGAGGCUCAGGGUCUUAGUGUCCCUGGUCCUUCUUCCUCUGCUGGUCCAUCUUCUGGUGCGCUGUCUUCGGCUGGUAGACCCUCCUCCAGUACGUCAUCGUUCACUGGUUCCACUCCUGCCCCUGGAGGUCCCGGAGGCUAUGCUUCACACACCCCUCGACCUGCUGGGUACUCCAGCUCAACAGUAACUUCUACCAACACUGGUGGCCCCUCAUCAAGCCUCGGAGUGCCACCACAUCACACUGGGUCCACCACAACGAGUACUUCCAUGGGAACCACCGUGCACACCACCGGUUCAACCAUGAACACCUACUCCACCGAUGCUACCAUGGUGGACCCUGUUCCUCAGGAGGGCGACGGAUUGCCCAGUUACGACGAAGUGUGGAGAGAGGGCAGAUAG